GUGACAUAGCAACGUACGAUUUAUCAAACACGACGCCGAAUGACUCGGCGGACGCGAAAAUAGAUGGUUCUGGGGAUGUUGUAAUGGUGGGUUUUCCUGACGAGGAAAUUGCUAAAAGUUUGGAAGUAAUAUCAAAAGUUGAUUCGGUAGAUGGGACAGCGAAUGGCCUCAAUGGUGUGGAGGCAAAAGGUUCACUCGACAAGCCAACAGAUAAUUCAAAAGUUAUAUCAAGGAACAAUUGUAUGAAUGCAUCAAGAGAUGGUCUAAUAGAUAGAAGAACGACGAAUGGUGAGCCGAUCAACGAUUUAAGAGCAGCAACAUUGAAAAGCAAUUCGGCGAAUGGCUUGAUUAAUAAAUCUGAUUCGGAAGUAUUAGUAGACAAGUUAAUGAAUGCGAACAUUAGUGAUUCAUCAAGUGUGAAAAAGAAUGGUUCGACGGACGAGGUAGGGCAAAAUUCGUCAGUUAGGUCGACGGAUGAUUUGAACAUGCCAAGGGAUGGUUCCGUGGAUACAGCAAUGGGUGGUCCUAAAAAAACCGUGAUCGAGAAUCCGUGUGACAAACCGACAGAUUAUUUAAAAGCAUCGUCAAAAGACAGUUUGUCGGAAGGAAUGGAGGGGUCUUCGAGCGUGAAAACGGACGAAUCGAACAUCAAAAAACCGUCGGGUGCAGGUGAUCUAGGAGGCAGAUUAACAGAGGGAUCGGAGAAUGUGACUGCGGUGUUAGACGAUUCGGUUGGAAGGACAAAUUCGGAGGACACUUUAAAAAGUAAUUCUGAAGAUGUGACAAUAAAAGAUGAAUCGAUGUGUGAGUCGGCGAGUGCGGAGGUAUUUCGCGGUCGGAGAAGAAAAGUUGGUGGUGUAGAUAGUGGUUCGUCGGGUAUUGUUCGUCGGGACGCGUCAUUAGGUCAAGAUCAAAAAAGAGAGGAAAAGGAUGUAAGUGAUAAUUUAGUUGAAGUAGAUGAUUCUGGUGCUAAUUUAGUUAGACAGAAUGCUGAGCAUGAAACGGACAAGGGUGCAAGUUCGAUAAGAGAUUCCAUUCAACCAAUUUCACCAGAAGGGGAUUAUUUGAGGGAUAAGGAAUCCGUGGGUGCUCGUGUCCAAAAAAUUCCGCAGAACUCGAGCAUAAAGAGCGCAAUACCGGCUGGAAUCACAUUUAUUGAUCUAACCUCCGAUGACGAAGAGAAAGAUGAUAUCAUAACAGUAAUGUCGUGGUCCUCAAUGGACGCCAACAUAGAUGAAGACGAUCCACCAUCACUAGCAGAGUUGGCGGUUUUCGACGAAAUUCUCGCGGAGGCAGAUGAUGAACCUGAAGACGAAGGGUGUCCGAGUGACGAAGAUGCCGAGAGAAAUAAAGACGACAAGGGGGUGAGGAAGGGUGAAGAUGUGGAGGAAGGUGGAUUUAAGAUUAAUGAUUUGAUCAAGGGAAUGAAUGCUGGUACGAUGAUUAAAUUGAUCGAUCGCAUUAUGCCUUUGAGUAAAGGGAAAAGACAUUUGUACUCCAGGAAAAGCGCGUCUUCUUGA